GCCACCUCAAAGAUACAUGGAUGGCGCACUUCCACGGACGUUGAUCGCCAUUCCAUUGGUCCAAUAGCGCGCGACUCGGCUCCUCACACAUCCUCUGACCGUCAAUGCUAUCAUACGCGCUACUAUCGGCUCGUUGCAAUUGCUCCAUCGCCAUUUUUGGUCCAAUCGGCAAGCCGCGCCAUGUGGACUCGAAAAGUGUUGGGAGAAAGUUAACGCGGUCGACGGCGUCACGCGGUGUGCUUCUAUCUGAUAUCGGGGCUAACGGUAGGGGCUUACCCGGGGGAGGCGCCGUGAGUAGCGCCGCCGGCAGCAGUGCCAGGAAAACCGCCGGUAGACACGCCCGCGGGAGUGUACUGAGCAAAAAUGCCCAGGGAUCUGCUCGGAGAAAUGGUCAAAGCGACAAUCGAAGCGACAACCGAAGCGACAAUAAAGGCGACAACCGAAGCGACAAUAAAGGCGACAACCGAAGCGGGGAAGCUGUGAAAGGAAAAGCUGUGUUUGAACCCAACAAGGCAAAUCUCGAGACGCCUAGAACGAGAAUCUUGCAGUCGACUUCACUCCAACGGGAAAGAGAGGAGGCCGUUUUGGCGCUAGAUGUAGGCACGGGUGGAACCAAGGCGGCUGUGGUGACGUGGCGUGGCGCGGUCAUGGCCUCCGCAUUCUGGCCGCACGCUCCGCCACGUGGCUCGGAUGAUGACGUGGCGCAGGGGGGGCAGACGGCGGAGCAGGAGCCGUCGGAUUGGUGGAGAGCGGCGGCGGGCGCAGCUGGGGAGUGCCUGGCGCAGCUAGAUGGGCGGAAGGGGGGAGCGGAAGGAUGGAAGGGGAGAAUGAUGGGGCGGAGAGUGGGAGAAAAGCAGGGGAAUAAGGGGAGGGGAGAAAGGGAACUGGGCUUUAAGUCAACUGAGUGGGAGGAAGGAGAGAGGGAUGUGGUGGAGGUGGUUGGGGUGGCAGUGACCGGUCAGAUGCAGGACGUCAUACUCCUGCCCAAGGAUUGGUCGCCCUCCACUAGCGCCACUGUACCCCCUGCGAUACUAUACUCGGAUGCUCGUGCUACUAACGAGGCCAAAGAGAUGGCAUCGCUAGCAGGAGGCGAGGAUGCAAUCGUUGCAGCCACCGGGAUGAGACAAGGCCCCACCAGCGUGCUGGCAAAGCUCCUGUGGCUGCAGCGGCACCAACCACAUGCGCUGAAGGAAGCUUCCUCACUGCUGCUUGGCGCCCAUGCCUACGUGUGCAGCCACCUCAUUGGUCGGCCCGCCCGCGUUGUGGAUAGCACCACUCUCUCCACCACAGGCCUUGCCACGUGUCCCAACGCCAAUGGCGUCUCAUAUGCUUCUGAUCUCCUUCAUUCGCUCGGCCUCUCCCAUUGGCUGCCACUGCUCCCGGACAUCCUGCCGCCCACCCAGUCAUGCGGCGCCUUAUCUGUUGAAGCAGCGGAGCGAAUGGGAGCGCGCCACCUGGCAGGCAUCCCUGUGUUCCACUCGUGUGGAGACUUGGGGGCCUCUGCUGUGGGCUGUGGGGCAGGCCUACCAGGCACAGAGUACAUCUAUCUCGGCACCUCCGGGUGGGUGGCAGGCUCGUUCCCCAAUCAGCCGUCCCGUCAUCCAGCCAGUCAGCCACACGAUCAGGGAUCACCACGGUUGGCAUCACAGCCUCUUGCACCCCCGCCACCGCUCGCAUGGUCUCAGGGCGUGUUCACUCUUGCACACCCUGACCCCUCUCUCGUCUUCAGAACAGCGCCAAUAAUGACAGCAGGUGGCAAUUACAAGUGGGCACUUAACACCCUCCUCAACAUCGCUGACGUGUCAGAAGCCGCGUUCCAUGCCGCGGACGUGGCAGCGUUGUCCGUGCCAGCUGGCAGCGGGGGCCUCCUAUACCUCCCUUUCCUGAACGGGGAGCGGUGUCCAUUUGAGGACCCCAACAUGCGGGCGGCAUUCAUCGGCGUGUCUGCAGCCACCACUCAGUCACACAUGAUACGCGCGGUCCUUGAGGGGGUGGCCUUUGCUCUCCUCUCAGCCUAUGGCGCCAUGCACACAUGCAGCAGUGGCAGCAGGAGCACAGGAGACACUGCCCCUCUGCGCAUUGUUGGUGGUGGUGCUCGCUCAUCAGCGUGGGUGCGAAUCAUGGCAUCUGUGUUCAACCGACCAAUCGACUGCCUCGCUGACUCUCAGGAAGUCGGGGUGAAAGGCGCCUCCAUUCUUGCAGGCCUAAGUCUUGGGUGGUUCUCUACCUUGGCCCCUUCACACGGUGAAUGGGUGUGCAUAGAACGCUCGGAGGUUCCGGACCCUACUCAUUCGCUUACUUACAGGAGAAUGUUCAACGCAUAUUGCGCGGGUGCCGCUGGUUUAGCACGUUGUAACGAGAUCUUAAACUGCCCACUGUAGAGCCAACCCUGGCUGGCUGGAGUGCAUGAAGCCAUUGCACGUGCCCAUGUCAAUUCCACCACUAUGGGGAGCAGCAUUCCUCUGCCUCCAACCAACCUCACCUGUUCUUGAGUUGGUAACACAAGCGAAUUCUAAAGCCCGCUCUGAAGUCAGCCCUGGCUGGCAGCAGUGCACAAAGCCAUUGCCAAUGCAGGCAGACGCCAAAUCCACCACUGGUGGUGGAAGGGAUUGAAGGGCAAGGGACAGCCAAUAAGGAGCUCGUUCGUAGCUCCGGAAGAUUGUGAUUCCAUCCACCCUUCUGUGUUCUUUUGUUGAGUGAACUGUUGAUAUGGUAUUCCUCCCCCCCGAGUCCCGUCCCACAAGCUUCAUUUGCAACUCUUUCUUUCCUGACAAUGAUUGGCAUGACAGGCAAGGGCCCAGCCCAGUCCCUAGCUUCGGUAUUUAGGGCGAAUUCCUAUGAAGUAGGUGUUAAAACAUAUAUGCAAUAUGUUAGU